AUGGGUCAAAAUCAGCAAGCACAGGCACAAGGAGAAGAGCUGGAGUUAAACAUCCAGGACCUGUACAAGUCUUUCAUCACGGAGUGCCCAAGUGGAUCUUUGUACCUGCACGAGUUCAAGAGGAUGUUUGGAGUGCAGAGUGGAACACCUGAGUCACAGUACAUGGACAGCAUCUUCAGAGCAUUCGACAUGAAUCAUGACAACACAAUGGAUUUUAUAGAGUAUGUGGCAGCAAUUAAUCUUGUUCUGCGUGGGAACCUUGAAGACAAACUGCGGUGGUCUUUCAAAGUGUUUGACAGCGAUGACAACGGACGUCUGGACAGAGAUGAACUGCGGAAGAUUGUCAAGAUAAUCUACAAGAUAAAGAAAGACUGUGAUUCUGGUGAAACAGGAAUGGGGGACCUCACUGCCCGGGAGGUGUGUGAGCGCAUCUUCCAAGAGGUCGAUGUGAACAGUGAUGGUCAAAUUACAUUGGAAGAGUUCUUAGAGGGGGCAAAGAGGAGUCAGUGGGUGCAGGAUUUCCUGCGGCUCGAUGUCAAUCCCAGCGGAUGGGUCCAGAGGCACCUGUGUGACCAGAAACUCUUAGUAGCAAAAACUCCUGAAGGUCUUUGAUAUUUUCAGACCUACUUGCCAAAUGGAAAGGAAUCUGACUGUGACUUUCCAUGCCUUCACUGUGGAACAGUGUGAAACCACCACUGGGCGGACUCUGUCUUUUGUUUCAGCCCUUUUAAAAUACUUUAACCGGACACAAUGAGCAUUUUGGUUCUAUGAGCAAAAUAAGAUGAUUUUAGCAGAAAUUUGACAUUAUGUAGAAUAUUACUUUUUGUGGCCUCAUAUUGCUGUGAAGUGUCUGUUCAUAAAUGAGCCCA